GACGGCAGCAACUUGUUGUUUCAGUGUUUUCGCAACGCCAUAGCUUGAAUGUGUGAUCUGUGUGGCGUGGUUGUGUAUGUCUGGCUAAGUGGUAGUACAGGAAGGCUGGCCAUUCCCGAGGAGGCGUGGACUUCAAAUCCCUGGUAAAAAGGUGCAUGAGUGUGCUGGCCAGGGAUCACCAUGGGAGCGCCAUGUCCCCACCAACAUGUCAUUGAUAAGAAUUUCAGCGCCAAGCUUCUAGCUGAGAAAAAGGAGAAGUGCUGUGAGUGGUGUGGUGCUGGAGGAUGUAGUCUACGGCUGUGUCUGUACUCAGGAUGCCUUCGGGUUGGGUGUGGGGAAGGCCACGCAGACCACUCCACUCAACACAAUGGCCAGUUCCCAGCCCACUGCAUCACCCUCAACCUCACCUCCCUCCGCUCUUGGUGCUACAUGUGUGAGAUGGAGGUGACGAGUUCAGUACUGGCCAGCAUGACCAUCCCUCUGGGCCAGCAACAUCAUCUUGGUGGACCAAUCAGUGCGCCAGGCGUUGCAGUAGCUCAACCAAUCACUCCCAGUCAAUCCAGUGCUGAGGAGGAUGAUGAAGAGGAGGAAGGAGAGGAAGUGAAAGCUAAAGGUCUUGUUGGGCUGCGCAACCUGGGCCUAACUUGCUACAUGAAUGCUGCUCUUCAGGCAAUGAGCAAUACUGUCCCAUUGGCUCAGUUCAUGAUAGAGUGUCCAGCCUUUCUUCGAAAUGACAGGAAGACCCCAGGCUUGACACGACCUUUCCAAAGACUUAUGAUAGAAAUGUGGCACAAGAAGAGACCAAGCUUUAUAACACCCUCGUUGCUUUAUCAUGGCUUUAAACAGCUGUACCCUAUGUUCAGAGGCUAUACACAGCAGGAUUCUCAAGAGUUCCUUCGCUACUUCAUGGAUCAGCUGCAUGAAGAGCUUCGGGAGCCUUUGAUUGUUUCCCAUGAAGAUGAUCAUGAAGGUGAUAUGGAAGAGGAAGAUUUGUCUGCUGAAAGUCUUUCUGAAAGGGAAGACUCCCAAUCUGAAGCAGAGUAUGAGACCUGUGACUCAGGAGUAUCAGAGCAGUCCUCUGGCUCAUCAGACCACUAUCCCAGUAAACGCAAGAAACGUCACCAUGCAACCAUUGAUGUGGAGACUGGCAUUGCCACUCACAGAACCCACAAUAGGUACUUUCCUUCUUGUCAGCAUUGGAAGAGUCUUUUUCUUCCUGAUCAUGAGAGUCCAGAGUUCUCUGAUGCAGUGUCAGACACCACUCUCCUGGAUUCUGACUCUGCUGGUGGAAUGUCAUCCUCAGCUUCCCCACAGGUGCACUCCUCCUCCACCAGUGGCUUAGGCUCCAGCAAACCUUCUAUAUCGUCCCUUUCCUCAUCUUUCAAAGGUAAACCUUGUGGCACCCCUGGACGAAGAAAAAAGCCCCCAACUUAUCGCAGUGUGAUUUCUGACGUCUUUGAUGGGACCAUUGUGAGCUCGGUGCAGUGUUUGACUUGUAACACAAUAUCCUCAAGGAAAGAAACAUUCCAGGACCUAAGUUUGCCAAUUCCCAGUAGUGACCAACUCAGUAUCCUGCAACACUCCUCAGCCUCACAGUUGCAGCAAGUGGCUGGCAGCAGUGUCAGCAGUAGCAGUCUUCACUUAGCCAAGACUUCUUGUGAUACAGCAACAGAUGGAUGGAUGUGGUGGCUAUGGAUGUGGUUGAGAUCUUGGCUUUGGGGCCCAGCAGUGUCUCUCCACCAUUGCUUGGCUGCUUUCUUCAGUGCAGAUGAACUCAAAGGAGACAAUAUGUACUCAUGUGAGAAAUGUGGCAAAUUACGAAAUGGUGUUAAGUAUUCCAAAGUGCUACAGUUACCUGAAGUGUUGAUUGUUCACCUGAAGCGGUUCAGACAUGAGACAAUGUUCAGUUCCAAGAUCAGCCAAUAUGUUUCAUUCCCUCUGCAUGGACUGGAUCUUACUCAGUUCUUACACAAGGAUUGUAGCUCAGAGGUAGUAACGUAUGAUCUAUAUGGCAUCAUUUGCCACCAUGGAACUGCUGGGGGUGGCCAUUAUACUGCCUAUUGCCAGAACUGGAGUAACCAUCGCUGGUAUGAGUUUGAUGACCAGUACGUUACUGAGGUGUCCUCAGAGACGGUAGCCAAAUGUGAGGCCUAUGUUUUGUUUUACAAAAAGGCCAGCCCAGAAAUGGCUGCAAGACGACAACGGACUGUAGAACUCAUGCAGGUGUCAUCUCGAGAGCCCUCAUUGAUGCAAUUUUACAUCUCCAAGCAGUGGGUCAAUAAAUUCAACACAUUCUCAGAGCCUGGACCUAUCAACAAUUAUGACUUUUUGUGUCCUCAUGGUGGAGUACAACCACAAAAGGCUAAUCAUGUGGGAGAUUUGGUGAUGCUGUUGAAUCAAGGAGUGUGGGAGUACCUUCACCAAGUGUUUGGGGGUGGACCAGCUUGCACACGACUCUAUGAGUGUGUCACCUGCCGGGCAGAACUAGAUGCAUUAUCACGGCGCCAAACUAGUGAACUUGAAAUGUUCCUUAUGCUGAAAAAAAUGUUCCAGGAAGAAGAGCGUCCCAACAUUGUAGCUAUCUCCAUGCGAUGGUUCCGGACAUGGGAGAGUUUUGUGAGGGGAAGGGAACAGGAGCCUCCAGGACCUAUUGACAACUCCUCCAUAUGUACAAGUAAGACAGGCCAGCCAGUGCUGAAGCCAGGCUCUGAUUAUGCCCAGAUCUCAGAGGAAAUGUGGCACUUUUUCUACAAAACCUAUGGAGGAGGCCCAGAGUUGUGGGUGAUGUAUGGGAACCCACACAGUUCUGCCAGGCGGAGUGAGAAAAUAGAAGGAGUGCGGCAAGAAGCUCAGAAACAAGAGCCUCUGCAGUCAGAGUCACGAUCCCUGAGUACGGAAAACCUUCCCCACACCAGUACUUGUACUAGUCGACAGAGAACAGUUUCUGCUGGGGAGCAGGUAAUGAGAGCCUCUCCUCCAACACUUGCAAAACAAGAGGAGAUUGAUGCUGAACCUCUGGCCUCCCCGCAACCCACCAAUGACACUACUACUACAGAGGUGAAGGAGGAGAAUGAUGAGGAAGUACAGACAAGCCCUACAGGUGAAGAAGUUCUAGCUGUUGGUGAUGUGACAACACCGUCAGUAGAUUUAUGAGAAAAUUUUCACGUUCCAGUGAUAUUGUAAAUAAUAUUUAUAUUUGAAGAACUUCAAGGUUACUGGAAUGUGUGUGAUAUAUGUUAAGUUUUGAUGGCUCUGAGAAAGUUCAUGAAUUCUGAGUCAUGAAUAUUUUUUAUUCAAUGAUUCCUUAAAGGAAUGCAAGUAAUUAAACCACUGCAGUCUUGAUAUGAUGGAUCAGUUUUAACUCCUUUUAAUGGAGAAAUUUGAUAGGUUUGAUUUAAAUUGUUACUGAAUUGUUUUGUUUUUUCUUUAUAUAUAUAUAUAUAUAUAUAUAUAUAUAUAUAUAUAUAUAUAUAUAUAUAUAUAUAUAUAUAUAUAUAUAUAUAUAUAUAUAUAUAUACAUAUAUAAUGUAGGUACUCAGUGUUAAACUUUAUUUCAUAUUAUUAUAUUAGUUACUACUGAUCAUCUUUUAUCAUUAGUUUACUUACAAGUAGCUUCUCAGUGCAUCACCCCAUGUAGUCUCCACAUUGGAUGCUGUGGGCUUCAUUAUAUUUUUAUUCAUUUAUUUAUUUAUUUUUUGCUCUCUGGAUCUCCUAUUUCUAAUUUUGUGAAUUUUGGA